UUCCAAAUCAAACGCCCGAAGCCCAACCCGACCCGGCGUGCGCGGACCGCGGGCAGAGCGAGCGAGCGACCGAUCCAGCGGGCGAGGGAGUCGGCGGUGAUCGGCGAGGGCGGCGAGAUGGGGAAGGGGUUCGCGUCGUACCUGGCGAUGAAGACGGGCCCGGAGGCCGGGGACGCGUCGGCGGCGGUGCAGGCGCUCAUCGACGCCGACCUGCGGGAGCUGGGCGUCGCCGCGCGGAAGCUCGCCAACCACGCCUUCGUCCUCGGCGGCGGGCUUGGCUUCGGCACCUCCUUCCUCAAGUGGCUCGCCUUCGUCGCCGCAGUGUACCUCUUGAUAUUGGACCGCACAAACUGGAAGACCAACAUGAUGACAGCACUCUUGGUUCCUUAUGUUUUCUUCACCCUGCCUCAUGUGCUGUUUUCUCUGAUAAGAGGUGAGAUCGGAAAAUGGAUUGCAAUUAUUGCGGUUAUUCUGCGUCUCUUUUUCCCACGCCACUUCCCAGAUUGGUUGGAGCUGCCCGGUGCAAUCAUCCUGCUCACAGUUGUCGCCCCCAACCUCUUCGCGGACACCUUCAGGAACGACUUGAUCGGCAUCUUCAUAUGCCUCGUGAUUGGAUGCUACCUUCUUUCAGAGCACAUCAAGGCGUCAGGAGGAUUCAGGAACGCCUUCAGGAAGGGCAAUGGCGUGUUGAACAGCAUCGGCAUCCUCCUGCUCUUCAUCUACCCUGUUUGGGCGCUGGUGCUGAACUUCCUGUAGGCACUACUGCUGGUUGCUGUACCCGUGCCACGCAAUUCCAUUCCCUGCUUAUUCCUUGUGCAGAUGUUUCCUCUCUGGUGAUUCUUGUAUCAUCUGAAGGGGAUACGUUAUGUAUGUUUGAGUUGCGCUGUUGGUGGACAGUUUCGCUAUCUUGUUUGUUGUAGCUUGAUGUCAGCAUUUGGUUCUUUGGAGUACAUAAACGCCAAUAAAAUCAUUAGCUGUGGGCUGUGGCUUGAUGUAAAUCGAGAUGUUGGCCUAUUGUUAGUAUGUGGUGAAUCUCCGCUUCUGAUACAAGUAUUGAAAGGAUGCUUCUCAACUUUAUCA